AUGUCACUAUAUAAACUGGGGUCCAAAAGGAAGAUCUUUGGGAACCAACUCCAGGACACAGCCCCAAGAUCAGAGCUGCCAGACCUCAACACUCAGCCAGUGACACUGGGCAGAAACUGGAGUUCCCCAGACGACCUGAUCCUGACUGGCCAGCAAGAAAAGUUCAUCUGCGGUAUUGGGAGUGAGCCCCGGGGCAGACCCAUGGGCACCCCAGCCUCUGUGGCAUGCGACCCCCUGCAGUGCCAGGGGCCUGAGGCCCGUGCCCGGAAAAGAGCUUCUGCCAACAUCUUCCAGGAUGUGGGGCUGCUGCAGCUGCGGCGCCUGUUCCGGAGCAGCGGGGAUGAGCGGGCAGAGGAGCGUGCCCAGCUCAUCUGGGAGUACGCGGGCGACCGGCGCACAGCCCAAGCCCUGCGCCAGCUCAGGAGCGGGCAGAGGAGGCAGUGGCACCCACCCCAGCUGAGCCCAGCAGCUCAGGACAGCAGCGACCCAAGGCUAGAGGAGUGCAGCUCCCCCAGCGCAGACCCUGGCAGCAGCACGAGGCUGGAGGAGCCCAGCAGGGACAGGCAGCGCCCUGGCCCCAGGAGGAAAGGUCCAAGGACCAGGCGGAGGAAGAGGGGGCCUGGACCCACAGGGUACCUGCACCAGCUCCAGCAGUGA